CCCCCCGCGCGCCCCUGGGAAGUCUCGCGAGAGGCGGCGCGCGGGCGGGCGGUGCAGCUCCCCCAGGGUCGCCUCAGCCGCUCCCGCCGCGCCCGGGCCGCGCUCGCUCCUUCCCUCCCUCCUUCCUUCUUUCCCUCCUUCCUCUCCUCCUGCCGCCCGUCCCGGCGCCGCCGACAUGUCCCGCUACCUGCGGCCCCCCAACACCUCGCUCUUCGUGCGGAACGUGGCCGACGACACCCGGUCCGAAGACUUGCGCCGGGAGUUCGGUCGGUAUGGGCCCAUAGUUGAUGUUUACGUUCCUCUCGACUUCUACACCCGCCGUCCCCGAGGAUUUGCCUAUGUUCAAUUUGAAGAUGUCCGUGAUGCAGAAGAUGCUCUCCACAACUUGGAUCGGAAGUGGAUUUGUGGUCGGCAAAUAGAAAUCCAGUUUGCACAGGGGGACCGCAAGACACCAAACCAAAUGAAAGCCAAGGAAGGGAGAAACCUGUACAGUUCUUCUCGUUACGAUGACUAUGACAGAUACAGGCGCUCCAGGAGUCGCAGCUACGAGCGCAGGCGGUCCAGGAGUCGCUCCUUUGAUUACAGCUAUAGAAGAUCCUAUAGUCCCAGAAAUAGACCUACUGGAAGACCUCGUCGUAGCAGAAGCCAUUCGGACAAUGAUAGGUUCAAACACCGCAAUCGAUCUUUUUCAAGAUCUAAGUCCAAUUCAAGAUCACGAUCCAAGUCACAGCCCAAGAAAGAAAUGAAGGCUAAAUCACGGUCUAGGUCUGCAUCUCACACCAAAUCUAGAGGCACCUCUAAAACAGAUUCUAAAACACACUAUAAGUCCAGCUCAAGAUAUGAGAAGGAGUCGAGAAAAAAAGAACCAGCUAGAUCCAAAUCACAGUCAAGAUCACAUUCUAGAUCUAGGUCAAAAUCCAGAUCGAGGUCUUGGACUAGUCCCAAGUCCAGUGGCCACUAACAGUGUAUCCAUGUUGGUUUAGGCAUGUAAGAUUCAUUUACACACAGUUCAGUUUACUUAAAUUAUCAGGAAUAUGAUGUUGCAACAGUGCUAAAAAAUAUUUUCUUUGUCAGUUUUCCCUGUAGCCGACAAUGGUUGAAAUUAAAACAGUGUUGAGAAGCCACAGAGAGAGAGAGGGAGAGGGAGAGAGUUUGUCCACUUGGUUAAAUGUCAUGGGCAGCUACUGAUUUGGUUGUGGUGUCUCUAUGUAUAUUUUUGUAAAGAUUUGCAUUUUUAAUGCUUAGAUAUUUGGUGAUGACUUGGUUGAUCGUAACUUGCAACAUUGUCCUUUUACAAAUGUCACACCCAUAGAGAAAUUGGUACCAGUUUGUGCUGGGCAGCUAAACCAGCUGUUUAACUGGUUCUUCAACUCUGUAAACUUUGUGAGGAAAAGGAAAACUGGACAGCUGUAGUGCAACACUGGCUGCUGGGAAAUCAGCCUGGCAGUUUGUUUCCAUGGCUCCAGGGCAGGUUUCAGUGUUCUCCGUGCCCACCAGCACCAGCAGGGUGGCACAAGGAGCUCUGUGGAGGGAGAUGGGGGAGAUUUCUCUUUAGCCUGCUGUCUGGAGAGAUGGUACUAACCUUGCAUGCACGCCAUGGGCAGAGAGCUGCUCUUGGAGCUGCUCAGAGCCUGUGCAGUGUUGUGACCCCUCGGGAUGGAGGCUUCACUGCCUCUGCCCUGGCUGCUGCUGCUGGAUGUGAGGGGAAAACCCACCUUGCAAUGGAAAACCUAAAUUCAGAUUUCAGCAAACGGCAGAGCAACUAAAUAUUAGGUUGUGUGUACAUUUUAUGCAGUUUUUUGUAUCUAUUCUCAAUUUUAGUGAGCAGUUAACCUUAAAGUUGCUUAGUUUUGCUGCUGUUAGAUACAAGUAGAUCGUUUCGAGUUGUGUGUGUACAGUAUAUAAGAACUAAACUUUUAUGCCAAUGACUCCUGUGGUUAGUUGGUGUAUUCAUAGGUAUCAAACUGUAGCCAUCUCCCUGGGUUACCAGGCUUGCUUGCUUUUUACACAGCAAAAAAGCAGUUGGUCAAGCAAGUCUGAAUCACUCCUUCCUCAGAAUGGAUAGUGGUUUGGCUACAAGAUUUCAUUUUCCUUCAGAACAAAUGUUUGAAGUUGGAUAUGAACAAGAGCUGCAUCUCUAGUUAUGUAGUUUAUCACUAAUACAGUAUAUUUAGAAAAUUGAACGUGAAAAAUAACAAACCCAGUGUGUACUCCUACCGGUAUUUCUCUAGAAGGCAAGUUCCUUUGUUAUGGAAAUGGCUUUUGGCAUUGUUUUUUUUUUCUACUUACUUUCAAAAGCCACCAUCAAACACUUAAGUGUUCCUCACUGUCUGAUGUCUGAAGCAUAUAAAGACAUUGAUUUCCAAAAGUUCCUUUUCAGAGAAAUGUUUUAGGGUUUGGGUUAGUGUUCCAGCAGGGCCUUUAAAGAUGGCUUUGGGAUCUCGGCAGUGGAACGUGCUUAGGAGUUAUCCUAGAACCUUUGUACAUUUAAUAGUAUUUCUGACUUUUUCUUUACUGUUUGCAGUUAAUGUUCAUGUUCUGCUAUGCAAUCAUUUAUAUGCACGUUCCUUUAAUUUUGUAGACUUUCCUGGAUGUAUAGUUUAAAAACAGCAAAAAGUCUAUUUAAAAACUGUAGCAGUAGCGUGCAGCUCUAGCAGAGGAAAGUUGUGGGAUUAAACUUUGUAUUUCCUUUCUUAUAGAGGCUUCUAAAAAGGUAUUUUUAUAUGUUCUUUUUAACAAAUAUUGUGUACUACCUUUAAAACAUCGAUGUUUUGAUCAAAAUAACUAAAGACCCAGCUUAUUUUCUGCUUGCUGUAAAUUUAGCAAACAUGCUGUAAUAAAAAAAUGAAGGAAA